AUGAUGUCGCAAAUACCUUCUUGCUGUAGAAGCAACACGGGUAGCGCUUAUCCACAAGGCGAUGCCGAGAAAGAGGAUAAGAAUCACACAGAGACAUUCAGAUUCAAAAUCUUAAGCGUCAAAAUAAACCAUUCAGGUGCAACAUGUGGUCGAUUAUUCGGGCCAAUCUCGCUACUCGAAUUCUUCGGGGAUAUGCCACAGAUCAUCAAGGAUCCGAUCAAAGAAGCCAUAGCAUCGCAGGUUGCGGGGUAUAAAACGGAUCCGCGUGAUCGCAGCAAGCACCCCAAAAGACAUCAGCCCAUGGCCAUUAACGCCUUGAACAUCACGAGGAGCUUCGAUGUCAAUGGCAAGCGUGCUAUCUCAAGGACUACAACCAUAGACAGCGUCUCGGGUGUUUCCUUAGCAUGGGGAAAGCUCACUACGUCGCUGCCGCUUUUAGAAUCCGAAGGUGAAAUUGCGACUGCUAGGCGUGAUGGGCAGAUCACCCUGACCGUUGGCGCUCACAUUAUCAACGGACGGUACGUGGAUCUGGAAGCAGGAGAUUAUUUCUUGGUACUUAGAAAGGUGGAGAACCAUUGUAGUUGCACCUGCACCGAUGGAACGUCCGGCGGCGAAUGUAUGGAAACGCAUGAGGCUUACUUUGAAAUAUCUGCCGUCACGCGUGCGAAGAUCGUGUUCAGUGAAAGGCCGUCGAUUAUUCAGCACUCCGCGGAUAUGGGUGAUGGCGUGCCCUGGUUUUUAUGUCUAUCGGAAGAGUUGGAAUUAACCGACCCCCAGUGGCUGCUGAUUAGGGUGGAGCAUUACAUGGUGGAUCUGUUCAUGAACGAACAAGGGUACUUCAAACUGGUAACUAACUACUCGGGAAGUAAGCAAUCGAGGCUUGUUGUGAGCGUGCAAGAUGAAACUUACUUCCUCGAAAGGGUGGAAUUGGGUGGCAAGAUCCUGCUCGUUAAUCCCAUGCAAAUAGAAACUCACGAAGAUAAGUCGUAUAAUAUCCUGUCGAUUGUUGGACGUUGUACUUACGUGCACAAUCUCAUAAAGACGGCGCCCAACCUAUCAAGUAUAAGGAAAGAGGACAAGGUGUCGUUGCAAACCAUCUUGGACUCACUACCUGCCUCCGAUGCACAGAUCAAGCGGUUCCUCAUGAACGCCGUUCCGGCAUCCCCAUGUGAUUACAUGUAUACAGGUGGAGAUAAAUUUGCCUAUUUAGAUCCCAUUUUGACGGCAGAAUUUUGCAUUGCGCUUCUGCGCACGUUGGACAUCCACUUCGCCAGAAGUGAAAGACCAAAAAGUGACGCCGUAAACCCCUCGGUGCGGGAUGUAUGGAUGAUGGUUAUGUCGUUCCAACAAGAGUUCGAUUUUCUACCACCGCAUAUGAGAACCCCCAAGUCGUUGUUCCAAAUAAUGCGAGGCUUGUGUGAUCUCCAUGAAACCUUUACGGAGCUCGAAGACUAUUUGAACAACAUGGGGAACGAAGACAAACUGUUGGAUACGAACAUGCAGUUGAACCUUUUUAAGAUACAUCGUAAAAUAGUCCGGGCUAUAAUUAUCGCAAACGAAAACAAAAAAAUGACGUAUCUUGCCGUCAUCAGAAAGGUCGACUCUUUGUUAUUCGCACCAUCAGUGCCUUCCUAUCUGUUAGACGGUAUGAUACAAUAUCUCAUUAACAGUAUAUUGCACACUGACGAGGAUGUGCUUGAUUAUGUUACAUGCCUAAAGUUCUAUUAUGAAAAGUUAUCGUUUACCGACGUGGCCGAGAAAAUGUCACGCAUAUUCAGGAGUAAAAAACAAACCCCCUUUGAUGCAACGCAGUUUUCGCUAAGUGGCAAGAAGCUUUUCGCUGUCGAUGUGAGUCGCGACAAUGACGAAGUGCUUGAGACUAAAUCGCCGUGUUUGAAUUAUGGCGUUUUCAAACUUAACACCAAGGGACUCACACAACUCAGAUUCAAGUAUGCAAUGAAUUUCCUGCUAUCCCAUUGCAGGAGUCCGUUGUCUCUACAUCUAUCAUUUGUCUCCGAGAGUUUGGUUGCAAAGGAUGAUGGAAUCACGUGCCAACUGCAGGUAUACCGCAAUGAGGACGAAUCUUGCCUAAGAGAUGUUCUGUCUUCUUUGUUUACGAUAAAUCAGCGAUGGAAUCUGGAGGAUAUGGAAAAGAAAAUGGCCAGAUUCUUGGGAAGCAAGACGGCGCUGGAGAGUGUUACAGGUCCACCUAACUUCCACGCCAGGGUUUGGAUAACGAAGCAGAAAAACACGCUCAAUUAUGAGCGUACAGAAUCAGCAGAUACGCAAUACAGAUCAUUUGAAUCCGAAGACACGUCAACGCUAGUAGACGGUAUGCUUCAGCACAUCGAAGAGGAAGCUUACAUUAUCAUAAACUCAAAUGUACCUACCGUGUAG